AUGCUAUGCCAUUACGGUUUUCCUCGUGGGCCCACUGCAGUGGGAGCGAGCGAGAGGCCUCAAGAAACGGGCAGGUCAACAAAUGAAAGACACUCACUUUGGCUCACCUGCACGACGUCGGCGGCGUCGGCCGCCUUCUACAAACAACAACAGCGACUGCGAAAUUGCGCCGCUGAGAUUGCAGAUUGUGUAAUAGGAAAAACAUUGGAAGCUGUUGUCCUAGUGGCGCCAAACUGUGGUAUAAAAGCGCGAGCCGCAUUCAAACUGCAGACACUUCCAUUGCAGCCGUGCAGCCAACGAGGUCUGCUGCCAAGUAACCCGAGGACUACUUCGAGUCUAAGCCUAAAUCCAAGCCAAAUGGCCAACAACAUUAAGAUGCCGCUAUUUGUGGCCGCUGCAAUUGUGUGGAUUGCCGUGCCGCCGACCACAGGGACAGCGUCGACGAAAGCUUCAUCAAUGCCAGCUGGAGCCCAGACAGCGCUUUACGGCAGUUAUGGCAGCACAGGCGGUGCCAGGCACUACGAUAAUCGUUGGCGGCCAAUGGGCGAGAAGGAGGCCGUGUCAUCCAUGUCGGCUAUGUUGCAGCGCUACGGCUUGCGGUACGAUGGGGCGGCGGGCGAGCGCCGUAGCUAUAGGAGCGAUUCGUCUAGUUUGGGCGGACACGGCGGGGGCGGUGGUGGCGGUGUGGGAGCUGUGCUUAAUGGGCUCACAAAUCUCUCGGGCCUGGGACACAUUAGCAACGGCUAUGCCUCAGUGGCGCCCACGCACACCGAAGCCUUGGCAGCCGCCUCGUCAAAACAAGAGAUACCAAUUUAUGAGGAGCAGCACGAGGAUGCGGCCGUUGCGGCGCUGGCGGCGUCAGCCAGCGAUUACGGCGAUGCGGAGGCGGGUCGCAGCGGCCAGCACUCGGCGAUUUACAAUUUUCCAGCUGCUGGUGCUGAGCAUGCGGCUGGCUAUCUGCCGGCCUUCAGUGGAGCCGAGCAUGGGGCGUGGACGCCCUCAUCGGUGGCGCACUACCAGCAGCAGGCGGCGCAGGAGGCGGGCGGCGGCCAUUACGCCUACGACAAAAUGUCGGUGGGGAAUUUUCUGAAUUCUGGCUACGACGCAUUCCAGCAGCACCAUGCCGAGGAGCAGCAGCACCAGCAGCAGCAGCAGCAGCACCAGCAACAGCUGUUGGAGCACGCAUCCUAUUUCACACCUCACGAGACCGAGAGCGAGCCAUCAGCCGGAUCGGACUCAGCGGGCAGCGGCCCGGCCGACUACGAGCAGCAAUCAGAGGACGAUGAGCACGCCGGCAAUUUCCUGGCCGACUCCAGUGCUCACGAAGACAGCCACGGCCAGCAGCAGCAGCACCACCAUCACGUGGAUAUCAUCAACUAUGUGCCGGUGAAGCAUGUCAAGACACAGCAUGUGCCCGUCGAGAAGCCUGUCAAAAUUCCGAUCUCCCAUGCCGUCAUCAUACCGAUCAAGAAGCCCGUGCCCAUCCACAUACCCAUCACCAAGCAGGUGCAGGUCGCCGUCGAGAAGGAGCUGAAGGUGCCGGUGGAGCGCCUGGUGCCCGUGCCCGUCGAGAAGCACGUGCCCGUGCCCGUGGAGAAGCGUGUGCCCUACACGGUCAUCAAGUAUCUGCCCAUCAAGGUGCCCAAGCCCUUCCCGGUGAAGGUGCCCGUGUUUAAGACAGUGCUGCACAAGGUCAAGAGCUGGUGGUAAUACCCAUUUCCCGUUACUCCCAUUACUCCCUUUCCUCUCCCUCACUCCUCUCUCACUCCGCACUCGACCAUUAUAAUUAUGUAAUAAUUACGUUACUCAUACGACCCGUGGCGCGAGGCAUUUUGCAAACGCUGUCAUGCCGUGGCAUUUGGAAUGUGUUCGUGCUGCGCUUAUCGCUGAGUUGAAAUUAAUUUUGUUAAGCCAAAAUCCUGUGUUGUAUACCAAUUUUGUGACUCAUUUAACAUUACAACCAUUUGCAUUCGUCUGAAUGCAGAAAUAAGUAAAAAUGAGCGAAAAAAAUGAGAAAAAAAAAAAAAAACAAAAAAUACGCAUUAACUCAUUUUCAUUCGAGGUUUUUUAAGCUGCAAUUUAAUGCUGCAUUUAUUAUGUAUACGUACAUUCAGGCAGUCGCAC